CCACAGCAAUCUCCCCUGGAUUCAAAACCCCAAAAUUUCUCGCUAUCUCCAUAUCCAAGCAAGACAUCAUAGUCGAAGGCCUAGUAGAGGCAAGAGAGGGGGCAAUGGACAAUUUGGGAUGGGAUGUUGUUAGUCCAUCAUCAAUCUUUAGAAAUAAUGAGCUGCUUACUGUUCCACCAAAUAAUACAAUCUGGAACAAUAGUAAUCAGUACGAAUCCGACGCUGAUUACUGCAUUAUAAGCAACAAGGCCGAGCUCAAUGAUUCAAUAUUGCUCAACUCAAGCUUAGAUCAACUGCAACAACUCGAUUCGAUCAACAUCGAAUUGCUGGCUCCAGCUUUCGACAUGGCAAUGAGCAACAAUCACCUAGAUCUUGAUUCUCUCCUCACUUCAUCUAAUCAUCAACUUGUUCCUUUCCCUGAGCAAAUAUUCACCAGUGGGAGCAGCGGUAAUUUGACGUCAUCCGCGGAGUCUGAAAGCUCCUCCCAAGCUGCAGAAUCAUCAAAGAAUCUGCGUAGUUGCAAGAGGAAAUUCGAAAACCAUCAGCAACAUUCCACAACAGGAGGAGGAGCGUUUCAGAUAUUCUUCGAGAAGAACUCAGCAAGCUCAAAGAGAUCGAGAUUACUUAAUGAAAAGGACUCGAUGGAUAAAAUCUCAAACAUUGAUUUCAGACAGGAGAAUGCAAAGUCAUCAGGGUACGAGCCCGACACUGAGGCGAUAGCUCAGGUGAAGGAGAUGAUAUACAGAGCAGCGGCGAUGAGACCGGUGAACCUCGUUCUUGAAGAAGCAACGGAGAAGCCUAAGAGAAAGAACGUUAAGAUAUCGAGCGAUCCUCAGACCGUGGCUGCGAGGCAUCGAAGAGAGAGGAUCAGCGAGAGGCUGAGAGUUCUGCAGAAGUUAGUUCCAGGUGGAAGCAAGAUGGAUACUGCUUCAAUGCUUGAUGAAGCAGCAAAUUAUCUCAAGUUUUUGAAAUCUCAAGUCAGUGCUUUGGAAACCCUAAGAGGAGGAGGAGGAGGAGGUAUUAGUAAUAAUAUUAAUGUACAGGCUUUUGCCAUGCAAUACCCAAAACCCUAGCUAAUCCAAUGAUAAUGAUGAUCAUCAUGAUUAGCUUUUUCUCCUAACAAAAAGAAAACCUUAAUAUCAAAAUUUGUAAAAGGUUCGGCUUUUUACUAGCAUCAUUACUCCUUUUUACCAUUAGCUUUAACUUUUGAGUAUCUAUCUAAAGUUGGUC